CAAUGGUUGUUUCCUAUUAAAAUUUCGUUGCGUAAGCUCUGAUCGUUGACGGCAAAAUAUAGAAUGUAACACGAAUGGAUGGAUGAUUCAUUAAAUGUAAAUCAUAACAGGGAAGUUUUAUCUAAUGUGAGUUGAUUCUGGUCGAGGUUUAACGAAGUUUGGGUUAGUCCAGAAGAAUACUCGUUUGUUGUUCCUAUUCAAUAUCUUGCCCAGACUUCAUCCAACAGCUGAAUUUUUUUCCAUGGGUGCAGAGAUGUCAAAGACAACAAUGCCCACGCCAGAGGAUUCUCUGAAAGGGAGAGAAGAAAAAAUGAUAGUUUCCAACAAACAUGCUGUCAAUGGGAACCCCACUGUUCCACCAUUCCCAGAGAACACAAAGAUGGCAAUGUUUGGACUGGGCUGCUUCUGGGGUGCUGAAAGAAAGUUCUGGAAAACUAAUGGAGUAUUUUCAACCCAGGUGGGCUAUGCUGCUGGGCAUACCCCUAACCCUACCUAUAAAGAAGUAUGCACUGGAUUCACAGGCCAUAAUGAGGUGGUUAGAGUAGUGUACGAGACCAACAAAACCUCUUAUGGAGAAUUGCUCAAGGUCUUCUGGGAAAAUCACAAUCCAACACAGGGGAUGCGACAAGGAAAUGAUGUAGGAACUCAGUAUAGAUCAGGCAUUUAUUAUUACGACGAGGAACAAAGAGCUCUGGCUGAAGCCUCUAGAGAUGUGUAUCAGCAAAAACUAAAUGAGAAAGGACAUGGGAAAAUUACCACAGAAAUCCUCCCUGUGCCAGACUUCUAUUAUGCAGAAGACUAUCAUCAGCAAUAUUUGCACAAAAAUCCCAAUGGUUACUGUGGACUUGGAGGGACAGGGGUUUCUUGUCCAGUGGGGUUAUUUGCCAAGGGAAAAAGUGAAUUAUGAGUGUCAAGGGCUUAUAAAAAAGAUGUUCUUGUGAUAUUAUGAUUUGAUAUUUAUAUUUUGAAUGUACCUAAAUCUAAAUGUUCACAUGAUAUAAACUGACUAUAAAAUGAUUAUACAGUUAUA